AUGUGGCCGAAUCCCAGAUUCGUUCCCGAGGAAAUCUCCGAGCCUCCGAGGCCGACAGACGAUGUAGCAGAUACGGGAGAAGUUGCUGGAGGCGGAAUAAGGACCGAACAACUGAAUAAACCCCCUGUACCCGUGCCGCCGUCAAGACCAAGCCUACAUCGAAAUGCAAUGCCUUCAGGUCUCGCAGCAGCAGGAGCACCAGGCCAGGCCAAGAUAAAACAGCAGCCUCAGCAGCAGCAGAGCCCGGCACCUACCGACUCUCUCUCACUGCUUCAGCUCCGCCGCAUUGUCGCCGAAGUGAAUCGCGCCGAACCUGUUGCCUACGACUUUGUCUACUCAGACAUGGGACCGCAUGCCGAGGAGAUCGACGAAUGGUUCGUGUACCAAUUCUGGCAGUGGGUUCGUCUGAAUGCUGCUCAGAAGGCAUUCGAGUGGCACUGGAACAAUGAUUCUGACGGGCAGCAUUCGUGGGACGAUGCGGAUCACGACACGCGGGCCAAGUUUAUACAGGCCGCCAUUGCGGGAGUGCAGUCGAAUGAUGCGGCGUUGCGAUCUGCAUCAAUAGGCAAGAUUGUAUAUCUCGUUUUGGGCCGGUGGGGAGACACGGCUAUGUCCAAUGCACCGGUUGGAGGUAGCCGGUCGAUUGCAAGUAUACCCCAGCUGCAGGCCAUCAAGGCCGGUGUGGAGUGUUUAGCAUCCUUGGAAGGACUGCCGGUGAUUUGGGAGGCGCUGAGAAACUGUUUCGAGCUGCAUUGGUCUGGAGACAUCCAUCAACAGGCAAGCCCGCAGGAGGCACAGGACGAGUUGAUGAAUCUGAUGACAAUUAUCUAUAUUGCUAUUCAGGAGACGCUGAAUGAUCCAGACGAUAUGUCUUCAUCAUACAAGGCAUUGUUGGAAUUGAAUCCGUCUUUGGUGGACUUUAUGUUGACGGCUACUUCUAAACUGCGAUGGGAUGAGCAAAAUUUCAUGCCGCUUACACAGAUCUUCCUCUUGUUCUGGAAAUCCAUAUUACUCGUAUUUGGCGGCACACAAGAUCUAGCAAAGGUAAAGGCGGCCCUGAGCGAGACAAAAGAAGGCAUGAGUAAGGAAACUAUCACAGCAUCGCCUCUGGACUACCAUGUGUUCCGACAAGAGAUUACAUCCAAGUAUCCAGCGUAUGUCCCUCCACAGCCUCUGAUACCCCUAGAAGACGAAACCACAUCGAUCCUACCGCCCAUUCCGAACCAUCCGGCACGAAACAAUGGCUCAAAUGGAAUUAUUGCAACCCCCGCACAGCUGCAAACCGGUGGUGCCUCCAUCUUAAACCAACCAGUUCACAUCGCCACCCCUGCGCCAUCCCCUCCGCCUUCACCCGGAGUCGGUGGAAAAGCAGGCAAGAAGCAGAAUUACCAAACAAAUCAAAACUUCCCCUUCAUGUACCCACCCCUAGAUGCCACUAGUAACAGCGCUGGCGGGAAGGGCAUGGCUGGCAUUGACGACUCAAUCGUGAGUCGGAGAUGGGAAGGAAGCGAUAUCCCUGCUUCGAUUCUUGAGGCUGGCGAACUCUUCUCCGCCAGGGUGCGGAUGACGCGCGCAACACGGCAAAUGUGGGAAGAGCGAGAACGCUUUCUCAAAUUUGAGCGCGGAUGGACGGAGAAUGAUGAUGAUGAGGAUGAGAUUGAGGAUCUCGACCUCAAUGAGUUGACGUUGGAGGAGAGGGAGGUGCUCAAGGAGAUCAAGGCUGAGGACAAGACAGCAAAGCUUGCACACGCUCCGGAGCCCGAGGUGGAUUACGGACCACACCCGGAGAACCUGUCAGAAAGAGAUAAGCAACGAUUGAUCGCGGUGGAGAGAUUCUACAAAGAGUCGUUGCCUCAUUUGCAGUCACUCGUUAUUGUCCUGUUACGGCCAAUCCUGGUCAACGUCACCGCCAUUGUAGCGCAGCAAGCUGGCCAGAUGCCCAAUGGUAUGGCGGGUAGAGGAAAUAACCCAGGAAUGAAUGGCGGCUCUGGUGGACCAAGGCCUCCAGAGAUUCCGGGACAGAUCGCCGCACAGGAAGAGCCCGAGCACUCACUCGAGGAAGUCGAUGCCGCCAGGACGAGAGAAAUCACAUCCAAGGCCAUGACUGGGAUUCUUGUGUUACUUCUCAAGUGGCUGAGGAUAUCUCACGUUCUCAAGUUUGAGUAUUUCACGCAACUACUUUUGGACUCAAAUUACAUCCCACUGGUGUUGAAACUUUUUGCCCAUCAGGAUGUUCAGCAGGUAGUGGACAGCAAAAUGGACCGAGUAGAGAACAGCUUCUUCCAGUUCUGUAAUCUGCGCUCCAAGCUCAAGGACAAGGCCGACAGUGACUUGGAAAAUGAGGACGAGGAAGAGAGAGAAGAUGCCGAGGGCGAGGACAAAACAGGGCAGCAGAAGCAACCCGACUCUGAAAAUGACAGUGAAGACGAAGCCGUGCCCCCACCCAUCAAACGCAGACGAUCCCCGGCUAGGGAUGUUGAUGCUGAAGAGGAAGAAGACGAAGGUGAAGCCAGCGACGAUCAAGCCUCAACGCGACCUGAGGUCGACGAACUUGGGUACCCCGUCAACCCUCUCCCGGAAGAACCCAUCACGGAUUUUUCUCGCCGUAACUUCUUCUCCCUCAUCAACUACCUCCGCGUCCUCCAAAAGAUUUGCAAAAACAAAUCCCACCGCAACCUCCUCCUCGUACAAUACAAAUCCUCCACCAUCUUACGCAAGUCCCUGCGCGUCCCGCAGCCCGAGCUGCGGCUAUACACGCUCAAACUCUUCAAGAACCAGGUCCCCUACUGCGGACGCAAAUGGCGCCAGUCAAACAUGCGUGUCAUAACGGCCGUGUAUCUGCACUGUCGCCCCGAGUUGAGGGACGAGUGGCUCGCCGGGAGCGACGUGGACGCCGAGGUGGACUCGGCGCUGCCGCUGGAGCAGGCCCUGAGGAGUCUGACGCAUUGGUUCAAUGUGCGGCGGUAUCCUGAUAAGAUUGCUGCGGAUAUACGGACGGCAAUGCGAGAGGAGCAGGACUUUUUCAGCAGGGAGUUGGAGAAGAUUGAUGUUGGGUGGGGGGAUGAGGCAGAACCCGGCGGCGAGUUGGAUCAUGUGGAGGGAUGGGCUUGA